AUGAAGCCAGUGAACUGCGCCAUUCUUGCAUUGACAGUGUUUACACUCGGCGUCGGUUCGGAUUCGAUCUGCGAUCGACCACAGUGCCGUUGCAUCAACACUGCCCUGGGAUCAGAAGCUGCCUGCAACUGCAAAGAUCAAGAUCAGAAAAUAACGCUCAAGUCUGAGGAUCUGCCUGACAAUAUCUUCAAUUUAAUAAUUGAAAACUGUGGUUCUCUUGGAGUAACAAAUGCUUUAUCUUCUCUCCAUCUGAGAACCAUUACUUUCAAGAGAAUUCAGGAGCUGAGAAUCCCAUCACAAGCCUUCCUGUCAGGUCUUCGUCAGCUCUCGUCUUUUAUCCUUGAGAACACAACAGUUCCCUUAAUUCCAUCGUUUAGUUUUAGUUCACUGGCCCAAGUGUUUGAAAUUCAGUUUAGGAAUGUUAACAUCGGUUCAAUAUCUGGCGAUGCAUUCUCAGAUGUGUCAGAUUUACAAAAUCUCAAGUUUGUUAACUCUAAAAUUACAAGCUUCGAAAGACACGCCUUUGGGAGGGGCACAAGUAAAAUUGCUAAUCUGAUAUUAGAUGGAUCUGACAUAGGAACAAUACAUGAACGUGCCAUUUGGCUAAGUGAUUCUGAAAUAGUGCAUAUUGAUAAAUGCAAUAUCAAUAAGGUUGCAAUAAAUGCAAUCCGCCUCGAUAACGCAUAUUUUAUUUAUCUGACACGUAGCUCUAUUCAGAAGUAUGAAGCAGGUGGAAUUAGAGGACGCUUCUUCAGUGGCGUCAUGAUUGAUAAUGAUUACCUUAAUCCAACUAAAGCAGACUCAGAACCUAGACCAUUGUUUGACCUUGAAGAAUCUCGACAACGGAGAAGUUCAGUUGCUCCCUUUUUUCACUUCACAAACAAUGUACUGACGAAACUACUUCCUGAUCAUGCCUUCUUUAUUUCCAGUCCUACCAUUAACGUUGCAGUUCCUAAUAAUACAUUAGGGGAGUGCUCUUGUCAAAUAUACAAAAAUUUUCUUCAAUCAUUGCGAAUAAUUUUGGAUGAUUAUACUCUUAAUAUUCAUCAGGCUCUGGUAGAACAUGGGAUUUGUCUGCUUGAUCAGCAAAUUUUCAGCAUUGGGUGUCCGGACCUUACACCUAAUUUUGAAGGUCCCCUUAGAAACGCCCUGAUCCCUCGAGGGGAAUUGAUGCAAGAAAUAAAAGCGAAGUCCGGGGAUGAUGAAAGGGCAACUACCACAAAACCAAAUGACAUUAGUGAAGAUCUACGUGGAAAUACGUCAGAGCACCUUUUAUUGACCUCAUCAACAAAACUUGUGAAUAAAACAAAACCAACUUCUGCAAUCCCAUUAACUAUUAAAAUGCCUAAACCAACUGCUGCAACUAUAUUAAACAAAACUUCAAACUCCAUUGCAAGUGUUAUACCAUCCUCGGCGAUUCAGAUAAAUUCUCUCAGAAUUAUUUCUAAAAAUAAGAAUGACAGCAAUGAUGGCUCAAAAGACAAGACAUCAGUCAUAGAAAAGCCAGCUGUUUUCAAUGAAGCAGUUGCACCAAGGAAAGAAAAUUCCCCAUUUACCAUUGGUCAGCCUGUCAUUAGCCCUUCGAUUUUAGCUGAUCAUUCACAAGAUGAUGCAUCAUCUAUUCAUAAUACGCCCCUCCCGAUGAAAACAAUAAUUGCAACAAACUUUCAGAUACAACCACCUCAAUUCAGUGGGAAAACGACAGGUCUGACGGAUGCAAAAACAGUUUGGAAUGAAAUAUUUGGAGGCAUUUUUGGUCAGAGGCUAAGAAAACCUUUACCGGUUUCUUUUCCAACAUCUCAACCGAGUGUCAAGUUCAGUAAUGUAGCGAAACCAAUUGAACUGAGAAAAUUUCAAAGGGGAAACAAAAUAGUUGUGUCCCCACGAUAA